UUAUUAGCUAGCUCCGCAGCUGCGGUCCUCACGUCGUUAGACGCCUUAAACGUCUCCGCGCUGCUCGGGAAUACUCCCCAAAACAAGUCAUGAAAACGCCAGAGUGUCACUGCGACGCCCAAACGUUUGAAUACUGAGACGUGGUGGUCAGGAGCGGCGGUCGGACCGAGAGGCAGAAUGUCAACAACGCGGCCCCUCCUCGGUAUGAGACGAGGCGCCGAGCUAACGUUCUCGGAGCAGCCGGGCGGCAGGCUUCCUGCGCCGGGCAGCCGCCAUCAACAGCAAGAGGCCCUCACCGUGGACGAGUUCACCGUCCUGGAAGACAAAGAAGAGGAGCUGAAGUGUGCCAAACCGCGAGUGGAGCAGGUUUUCAAAGUGGCGUUCACCAUCAUCGGACUGCUGGACCACACAGGACAGCCGCACGGCAGCAAAACAUCCCGACAGAUAUGGCUGCAGCUCCGGGGGAACAGGGACGACGUGUCGAAGGCUAAGGAGUAUGUUCGAGGACUUUGUGACCCCGAGUUGCAGAAAGAGGAGCGCUACCCCGUGGACAUGCACUGCAUCUUCGCAGGAGCCCGGGGUCUCUUCCUAGACAGACUCACCAGGGACACGAGUGCAGAAGUCCUGGUUCCCGAGCCGGGCCGCCUGCGGCUGUUAGGCCGGGCUGAACCUGUGGUGAUGGCCCAAAGCCGAGUGCAGCAGUUUGUCGCACUUUUCCAAGAGAAGCGGAGUCUACCGAGCGACAGAGAGCCUUCGGUGAAACGGGCGUUCAAGUCCUUCGUGGAGGAGCGGGACGAUAAAUACACUAUGGAGCUCCUGCUGCUGCCCAGUGCUUUAAAGGAGGAGCUGCUGGGAUUGGUUCACAGCCCCACCAGCACAAACACGGCUUCUCUGCAGGCUCAACUCAACCAUCCGAGCAUGACGGAGGUGGACCAGGACCGCUCGCAGAGCAGCACCCCGGUGACCGAGCUCUCCAACCGCAUCUUGGACGCCAGCUUCGAGGAGAAGGGGGCGCCCGUCAGCGGGAAAGCGGGAGGCGGGGCGAUCGGGUCGGGUCCCGAGUCCCUCCUGCUCAACGGCACACGGCCCUCACACAAGCGGCGCUCGUCGGAGAGCGAGACCCGGGACACAAAGAGACAGUACUCCCUGGAGCGGAGGGAAGAGUCGCCGGAGAGAGCGAGAGACAGGGAGCGACAGAAGGACCGAGAGGGCCGGGGGGCCAGCGGCAGAUCCAAGACCCCCUCCGCUUCCUCGUCCCUCUCCUCCUCGACCAAAGCAAACACGGUGAGCGGUGCGAUCCUCCUGGACUCCAGCGAGGGAGCGUCGGAUGACGGCGAGGCCGUCAGCCCGGAAACCAACCUCCGCUGCCUCGUGAAUUUCUUCAGAACGAUGGGAUACCAGCAAGAGGUGGUGGAGCGCGUCGUCAAGGCGACGGGGCAGACGGAGGACACCUUCCUCGUGCUGGAGAAAAUAGUGGAGGAAACCAAGCGCUGCGAGGAGGGGUCAAAAGGAGGGGAGAAGGAGAAACGAUUGAACUCUGUGUGUACGGCGAACACUGCCUCGGCCUCCUCGGCCUCUUUGUCGUCGUCUUCGGCCUCUCAGCCCAGAGAGAAGGAGCGCGAGCUGAGCCGAACGCUGCUCGACCCGGGCAGGUCGAAGGAGAACAUCAAGCCGGGCCAGCCGGCGAGCAGCAGUAACGGGCUGGGCCACCGGAGGCAGUGCAGCAGCAGCGAGACCAGCACCCAGCAGGCCAUCACCAUCAAGAGGAGCUCCAGCGCUCAAGGCGGGGCGGGAAACUACGAGGUCAUCACCAUCGACGACGACGACGACAUCGUCCACGUGAACACCAAGCUCACCGACAGCAGGACGUCCCGGAUGAUGGCGGUGGCGCACUCCGACACACAGUCGGGGUCCAGAACGGACUACCUGGCCCGGGGUGGAAGUGGGGGAGGGGGAGGGGUCCCGCAGAGGGACUACCUGUCUCGAGGUGGGACUCAGACUUUGGGGGGAUCGGUGAAAGUGGAGAGCGUGACGGCGCUGCGCAGCCCUCCUCAGUGGCUCACCGCCACGUCCACGUCGCUGGCUUCAACCCCCAGUUCUGCUGCUCAGCCCAUCUUCCGGCCGUCUCCCUACCAAACCAUCGGCCACAUGGGUUUUCACGGCGGAGCGGCGCGCACUCCCCCCUCCAACGACCCCCCCGCCCCGCCGGUGACGGGUUUGGCCCGUUUCCAUCAGUCGCUGAGGACCCCGUUCACCCUGAAGCUGCCCAACGAGCCGGGACGCCCCGAGCUCAGACACAUCAUCAUAGACGGCAGCAACGUGGCCAUGGCCCACGGCCUGAAUCGGUUUUUCUCGUGUCGCGGCAUCGCACUGGCAGUGGAGACGUUUUGGAAGCGAGGCCACAGAGAGAUCACGGUGUUUGUGCCUCAGUGGCGGCAGAAGAGAGACCGACUCACUACAGAGCAACAUUUCCUGAACCAGCUAGAAGACCUGAGGCUGCUGUCCUUCACGCCCUCCAGAGAGGUCUGCGGCCAGAGGAUAUGUUCCCAUGACGACAGGUUCCUGCUCCACCUUGCUGAAAAAACAGACGGGGUCAUCGUAACCAACGACAAUCUGAGAGACUUUGUGGACACGUCAGAGACCUGGCGCAAGAUCAUCCAGGAGAGGUUGCUUCAGUUUACAUUUGUGGAAGACCACUUCAUGAUCCCCGACGACCCCCUGGGGAAACACGGGCCUCACCUUGACCUCUUCCUGCGCAAAGACAUCAGGAGAACGUCGGCGACUCCGCCCCCCCUCCGGCCGCCGGACUUCAGACCCUCCUUCCAGCAUCAGCCAGUUUACGUCCAGGCCGUCCACUCGGCCCCCCGGCCCGCCGCCGCCGCCCUGCUGCCCCACCCCACCACGCACUGGCCCCACUCCGGCCCCCCGGAGUGGCACCUGCCCCGCCGGUCGCCCUCGCCGUCGCCCUCGCCGCCCCCGCAGCGCUCCCCGGGCGAGACGUCGGAGCUGAAGAGGAAGCUGUACGACAUCUUCCCCGACCAGAAGCAGCGGAUCGACCGCAUCCUCAGCGACAACCCGUACAUGAGAGACCUGAACGCCCUGUCCGGGCUGCUGCUGGGAUAAACGCUAUUUAUUUCACCGUCUUCUUCGGCUCGGAUCAGGUGGAGUGAAGAGUGGUCAUCAAACUAGCUGCUAAUGCUUUAAAAUGAAAAGAACUUUUUUUUUUUUUUUUAAAGUCUCCUCUAUUGUUUUCCUUUUCAUAUUUCAGGACAAAUCUUGUCUCCACAACCAAAGCGCUGCGUUAGCGAGUUGCCACAUUUCUGUCAAGCAGCCAGAUUGGCGCCGUUCGCUCAGUUCCGGGUUUUAAUGAAUUGGCUGAUAGAGUUCAGAGUUUUGGGUGGAUGUGGGACCGGCGCUCGGACCAGCAGCGGAGAGGCGGAGCGACGGCUCCUCCCGGCACAUGGUUGGGAAAACCCACGGAAACGCGGAACCUUUCCGCCGCCUCUCGCUGACAGCUCCCCUCCUGGAGAUCGGACACUGGCGGGGUCCGCUCGUGUUUUUCAGUUUUCAGCAGGAUGCGGUUCACUGUCAGGGCACUAAACUCCGUCUCCAGUCCGUUUGGGUUUUUCAAUAUUGUUCAGAGAUCCCAAAAAGCAAUAGUCAGCGCACAUCAUUGUAACUUUUUUUUAAGCAGAAUAAUUCACGGGAGCUUUGAUUUUGGAAAUGUGAAAGAAGAGCUGUGCGGGCCACAUUUUGAGGCUGUAUCAAUGGGCUGGAAUAGCAACCUGUAUUUUUGUAAUAUUUAAAAUGCAUCUUACUGUGUGUGUAUAUAUUCAGGCAGAAUCCACGUAAUUUAAAGAUUUUCGCCCAUCUUUAUCCCCUCAAAAUGUGACCCUUUAUUCUUUUUUUUAUAUAUAUAUAUAUUCAACAGAUUUUGAGAAUCAAACCACUAGUAUUUUUGUCUUUAGAUUGAUUCAAAUAAUUUGCUUGAGAUUUUGUUUCUUUUUGUUGGAGGAAUCAAUCAUCCGACCCCGCGCUUCGCUUCGACGCCCUCGUAGCUUCUGGAGCCUGUUAUUUACCGACAGCUGAAUUAUACAGAAGAGCUCCUGUGGUGAGCUUUAAACCUCUAGAAUCGGUUCUUCCAGGUUCAAAAGGUCAUUAAGCUACGUUUAAUUUAAAAAAAAAAAAUGUAGGGUUUAACACAAAUACUUGAGUUUGGAUUAUUCCUUUACUCAAACAAUCCCAGUUGGCAGUGCCCUCGGUAAAGAGGGGAAUCAUUUGUGGGAUGAGCAGCAGAGCGACACCUGCAACUGAGCUUGAUGAUCACAAACGUGGCGCCAUUUAAAAUGGGAAUAAACAGACUUUCCAAUGGAAAUACGGACUUUUGGAAGCAAUCAUUAUAACCCAAAAAAUGAAUCGACACAGAGUCUCACUUUAGUUUUACCAUCGCCGUUUCAGAGCUUUCUGAUCUUCUCUCUCACCCUCUCUCUCUUUCUGUUUCUCCACCCGACUCGCUGGGAUUCAGAUGUAAACAAACACUACUCCAGUUUUAGAUUCAUCCGUUCUGUUCAAUACUCGCAAGAAGAAGAAAAAAAAAUGCUGCAAAGGUGACAGUCUCUGUAAAGUUUGAUUUGUAAGUAGUGUUUUAUAGCUACAUUUCUUGCACUGAACGCAGGUGAGAGAGAGAAGAAAAUCCCACACCCAGAAAAAUGCAAAUUCAUGUUGGUUUUGUUUUUUUUUUCAAUAGUUCAUAAAGAGGUUUGUGCUGCCAAAACACUUUUCAGAAAAGAGUCUCUGCACAAAAAACGUUUACAAGGUGUCAGAAAAUAACUUUUGUUCAUACUUGCUCUGUUGCCGUGGUAUGAAUCACUGAAGGAUUUUAUUUCUCUUGUAACAUAAUUCUUUUGUGUAUAUUGAUUUCUGUUCUGUAAAUAGAUGCAGUUUUUUGGCUACAGUGCACAUAUGGAUUUAUGUAUGUGAAACAACAAAAUAAAUGCAGCAU